AUGGCGCACCCCGCCGCCGCCGGGCUCCCCAGCUGCUUCUGGAGGCCCCCCCACCGCAGGGCCCCGGGCGCACCCCACUACCCCACCCCAGCCCCGCCCGCCCCGCGGCCGGCUCAAAUCCCCGGACCGAAGAAGUUGAAAGAUCAGUGCGAGGAGGAGCUCGGAGACGUCGGGGGGGUCUCGGAUCCAAUGUCCUUCGCGUCUCCCACCCGCGCACACGCUCUGGAGGGCGAGUCCGGCUCCUCGGCCGAGCAAGCCUCCCCAGGCGGGCCGCGAGCCCACCGAGCUACGGGGAUGGGAGCUGCGACAGCCCCGGGCGCCUCCCCCACCGUGAAGACCCUGCUCAGGCAGCAGCUGGAAAGGGUGGCCGCCUUGAACUAUGCGUUUUCUUUCCUCUUCCUGGGCGUUUUGUCCUCCCUUGUCACCCUUUACCUCCUCUUCACCCCUUUCUGGUUCCUCUCUGUCUUCUACUUCGUGUGGUUUUAUCUGGACUGGGACACCCCCAAUCGAGGUGGAAGGCGUUUCAACUGGGUGAGGAACUGGACAGUUUGGAAACUGCAAAAGAGCUAUUUUCCUGUCAAGCUGGUGAAAACGGCGGAGCUGCCCCCCAACCAGAACUACGUGAUGGGCGUGCACCCCCACGGCGUCAUGUGCACGGGGAUCUUCUGUAACUACGUGACUGAGAGCACCAGCUUUUCCCAGCAGUUCCCGGGGAUUAGGUGCACGCUGGCUGGGCCGGCCGGCCUCUUCUACAGUCCCCUCUACCGCGACUACGUCCUGGCCAUGGGAAUGUGUUCCGUGAGCCGUCAGAGCCUGGACUUUAUCCUGUCCCGGUCCCAGAGCGGGCAGGCCGUGAUGAUCGUCAUUGGGGGUGCCCAUGAGGCCUUGUACUCAGUUCCUGGCAAGCACUGCCUCGUUCUCCAGCAGCGCAAGGGCUUUGUGCGGUUGGCACUGAGGCACGGGGCCGCCCUGGUGCCGUUAUAUUCCUUUGGGGAGAAUGAUAUCUUCAAGCUUAAGGCUUUUGAGAGAGACUCCUGGCAGCACCUGGCCCAAAUGGUCUGCAAGAGGCUCAUAGGCUUUUCCCCAGGCCUUUUCUGGGGCCGCAGCAUCUUCUUGGCCAACUUCUGGGGCCUGCUGCCCUUCCCUAAGCCCAUCACCACCGUGGUGGGUCACCCCAUCCCGGUGCCCCAGUGCCUCAACCCCACCGAGGAGAAGGUCAGCCACUACCACGCGCUCUCCGUGAAAGCUCUGGAGCAGCUGUUUGAGGAGCACGAGGAAAGCUAUGGUGUCCCUGCUUCUACCCACCUCACCUUUAUAUAGCCCUGGCCUCGGCUCUUCCUGAGCCCCCACAGCCGGAGCGCUGAGCCCUCCAU